UUGGAGACCAAACAACUAUGGCGGACAACAUGGAGCCUGUGCCCGCCAUGGAAGAAACACAGGAAAAACAUGAAGAUGCAGGGGGUACAGAACUACCAUCUGCACAGACAGAAUUGAAAGCAUACACAUCCACAGAUUCAACUACAGAAUCAUCUGUUCCUGAAACCCCCAAAGUGAUUACAAUGGAGGCCGUUAGUGUGACAGAUCCAUCCCUUCCUCCAUCUGAAGUUCAACAAUUUGAAGAGCUACUUUCAAAAAAAAAAAGCAGUGACAUCGAUCCAUUUGAUAGUGAUGAGACUGAAUUGAGAUUCCUACAUUCCAAACCAACAUGUUUUAUUGUCAUUGGAAAACCUGGAUCUGGAAAAACACUUUUAGCGAGGAGGUUGGCUGCAGAAUGGAAAUGUGAAAUAAUUAAUCCAACUGACCUGAUCCACCAAUCGGUAGAGCUACAGACAGAUAUGGGAGUGAAGUGUCAUGAAAUACUAGUGAAGGGUGAAGCCAUUCCUGAAAGUGUUGUUAUCAAAAUGGUAGAGGAUAAAGUCAACUCACCCGAGGUUGCCCAUCAUGGAUAUGUUCUGGAUGAUUUUCCAUGCUUGUCAGAAGAGUCUAUGAGCUUGAAGGAUCAACUGGAGUUGGUGAAAAACUGGAAAUUGAAGCCAGACUUUAUCAUUAACUUGAAGGUUCCAGACCGAGACUUGGAGAGACGUCGGACUGGACAGCGUAUUGACCCAGUGACAGGUGAAAUCUACACAAGAGCAGUCUACAACCCAGAUAAACCACCAAAGGAGCCAGAGAAAGAUGAAGGUGAUGAGGAUGAAGAGGAGGAGGAGGAAGCGGAGGAAGAAGCUACACCUGAGGACGGUGAGAUCAUACAGGAGCUACCCACAGAGGUGCUGGAGCGUCUCAUCAAACGGCCAGAGGACUUACCGUCUCAAGUGGAGGAGAACAUACGCAAAUACAAAAACAACAUGCUCAGGAUUCUAGAGGACUACAUGGCUGAUCAUGAUCAGCAAUACCUGAUAGAAAUGGACUCCAACCAGUCAAUCAGUGUUUUAUUCAAGCAACUGUUGUCUCGGCUGGACUGCUUCGUAUUGAGGAAGGCUGCGGUUCCUCUCCGUCUCCAUGACCCAGAGGAAGAUGAAAUUCCAGAGGACAUUGAUACCGAUGAGCUGAUGAGGACACUUGCACCAAAACAGAUGGUUGCACCACGCUAUAGGUGGAGACGGAGUCGCUGGCUGCGAAACUGUCCAGUCGCACUCUAUGAGGGAAACAUACUGCCCGGCAAACCAGAAUAUGCUGUCAGUUUUCUGGACAAGGUUUACACACUGUCCAGUGCGGAAGCGCUUGAGAAAUUUCUGAAGAAUCCCAGACCCUACAUAAUGCCCUCUCAACCACGGCCUCCUUGUAAGCUCUCUAUCCUAGGGCCCCCUCUUGCCGGGAAGACAACUCUUGCUCAUCUUCUGGCUCAGAAGUACAAUGCUAAGGUUCUUGACAUGGAUGAGCUCAUCAAACCUAGAAUGGAAGAGGAGAAGAAAAAGUUGAUACAACAGACCAAGGAUGAGACGACAGAAACAGCCUUGACCUCUGUCAGACAGAAGAUCAAAGAACAGUUUGAUGCGGAAGUGGCCGCAAGAGAGGCAGAAGCAUACAAACUGCAACAGAUGUCGGGUUCAGAAGCACGACAGGCAGGUGCUGAUGAGGAAACAGAGGAACCAGAGGAUGGGGAGGAUCAAGAAGACACGGAGAAGGAUGAGAGUAAGGAUAGUGACGAUGAGGAUGAAAGUGUGGGUCGGAAAGAAUCUCCCACAGAAGGGGAAAUUACAAAAACAGAAGGUGAGGAUGAAUCUGGAGAGAAAGAAGGAGAAGAGGCAAAGGAAGGAGACAGUUCAGCAGAGCAGGAAGGAGAGAAGAAAGAAGAGGGUGGUGAGGGUGAGCCCAAGGAGGGUGAGGAGACGACCGGAGAGACCUCGACAGAUAUCCCCAUCACAGAGGGGGACACAACUGAACCUACCCCACCCCCACAAACGGCCCCACCCCCCGUCAUGCCUGAGGUGGAUGCCACUCACCCUGAUGUCAUUGCCCUGGUGGAGGCUGCAGUGAAGGACCUGGAGAAACAGCCUGUAGUCCUACCACCGGAGGUGUACAUCGAGGUGAUGGAGAGUGCCAUCAAAGCCUCGGAGCAGAACAUGAGGGAGAUGAAGCCUGUGGGACCUACUAAUGGCGGAUACAUCCUAGACAACUUCCCUCAGAAUCGCGACCAGUGGACAAUCUGUAUUGAGAAGAACCUCAUGCCCGAUGACAUUAUUGUGAUGAAGGAUUCGGAUGGAGGUGACUUCCUCCUGAGGCGAUAUUACACCCUCAACAAGGAGGAUAUUGACCAAAAGAUUAAAAACAGGAAGUUUGAGGAUGAGCGCAAAAAGAGGGAGGCUGAGGAGGAAAGGAAGAAAAAACUUGAGGAGGAGAAGCGAGCAAAAGAGGAGGCAGAGAGGAAAGCUGCUGAAGAGGAGAGGCUGAGGAAGUUAGAGGCUGGGGAAGGGGAAGAAGGAGCCCCAGGAGGAGAGGGAGCUGAAGGGGAGGCUGCAGGAGAGAGUGGCGAGGGUACAGAUGGACCACCCGCUGAAGGAGGCACUGCCCCUGACGAACAGGCAGAAGGUGCAGAAACCACUGAGGAAGCAGCGGAGGAAGGUGAGAAAGAAGAAAACGGAGACACAGACACAAAAGGCAAGAGAAAAAAGUACAUAGAUUCCUCUGAAGACGAAGAAGACGAGAAAGCAGAAACUGAAACAAAGGCUGAAUCAGAAGAACCCAGCAAUGUUAAAGAGACCGGAGUAAGAAUUGAAGGGGAUGAUGAGCGUGUACCAGAGGGACCAGAGAUGGAGGACUAUAAGGAGAAGAGGAAGGACUUUGAUAGAGAGUUCCCUAAUGUACUUAACACCAUUUCUGGCUCGAGCAGUAUAGACCCCAUCUCCCUGGACCUGGAGAGUAGACCUGUCGAGGAAUUGCUGUCCGAAACAGUGUCCAGUAUGGAAAAGAUUUACCAGUACCACGGCUGGGAAUACUCCGGUAUGGAUGUGGAUGAGGAGGAGGAAGACCUGGAGAAUGAGGCUGCACUGCAGGCUGCUGCAGAGGAGGAAGAAGAAGAGGCAGCUGAGGAGGAGGAGGACCCAAACAGGAACAAGAAGAAACCGCUUGGAGACACAAACCAGUUCUGUCCUGUAGCCCUCAAGGAAAACAAUGUCUUGUUUCCGGGUAAUCCAGAGGUUGCAGUCAAGUACCGAGAGAAAGUUUAUUAUCUGUCCAGUGCAGAGGCCCGUGAGCGGUUCCUGGCCAACCCAGAGGAAUAUCUCCCCCAUGGCAAACCUUUUGAUUCUCCGCCCAUCAGAAUGCUGUUUUUGGGACCUAGGGGAGCCGGUAAGUCCCUCAAUGGCCGAUACCUCGCGGAAAAACUUGGUCUGUUCCACAUUUCCUUCAAGGACCGUCUUCAGGAACUCAUCAUUCACAAAACCAAGAAACGUGUUGGCCCCGAAUACGCUGAGGAGAAUGAGGAAGAGCCGCCAGAUGAGGAGGAAGAGGAUGAAGAAGAAGCAGGUAUCACUGACCCAGAUGGCGUGCCCGUCAAGAAAGAGGAGGAGGAGAAGAAAGAGGAAGAGGAGAAACCUGAGGAGGAGGAGGUAGAGUUCACCGAGGAGGAGGAGGCCAUCAAGGCUAACCUCGAGUCUGAGGAAGCUCUGCCAGCAGAAGUCCUGGACAAUAUUGUUCCUCACUGGUGGCACAAGGAACCCUUCAAGUCGACAGGAUUUGUCCUGGAGGGUUUCCCACGUACAGCAGAGGAGGCUAAAUACCUAGCAGAGAUGGGCCUGUUCCCCGACGCAGCUGUUGUCAUCACAGUGGAGGAUAGCGAUGUCAUCGGUAGGCUACUCCCGCCAAAGCUAGAGCGCUGGUGUGUAAAACGAGACAAACGUAACGCCAAGCGGGAGAAAAAGAAGGAGAAGGCCAAGAAAAAGAAGGAUGCUGCUGUCCAGAAACGAAGGGAAGAAUUAUUGAAGGAACAAGAGGAAAAGAGGAAAGAAAGACAAGCUCAGAGAGCAGCAGAAAGAGAGGAUCGUGAUGAGGAAGAAGAGGAAGAGGAGGAGGAAGAAGAAGAAGAGGAGGAGGAGAUGGAUAUUGAGGCCUUGUUGGCUGAGGAGUUUGAGGAGGAAGAAGAAGAGGAGGAGGAAGAGGAAGAAUUGGAAGAAGAUGCUAAGGACAGAAUCAGGAAUGAACUGAAUGAAGUUUUUGACAAUGACACCAACAGGCUAGCAGGUGUACAGGAAGCACUAGAGGAAAUCUUGGUCCCCCGACUAGACUUGGACGGAGGACGUAAGCCACACAUUGUUCGUUAUUUGAUGACGAAGAAGUUAAAACCAUACGUGCAGUUUAGACACAGCAUGUUCGAACGAGUGUAUCCCAUUGGGGAGAAACUGGCCAAGAAGAUGUUACAGAGUGGAUACAAACAGCCUAGCAGAUUUGGACGAUGGUGUCCAGUGAAGAUGAAGGAAGGAGAUUGUAUCCAGCCUAUGAGUGGACCUGGGUACCCCACCUAUCCCUGUCUGUAUCGUAACCACAUCUUUUUCCUAUCCUCCCUGUCUGCCCGCGAGGAUUUCAUUCAGGAUCCCAUGACCUAUCUCAACCAGCCCACGCCCAAACCUGUCGUACCAAUCAAAAUGGCAAUCAUUGGACCACCAAAGUCUGGCAAAACUACAUUGGCCACACGAUUUGCUGAAUCGUACGGCCUGGUGAGGUUGUCUAUCGGAGAGGCAAUGAGGAAAGUGCUAACAGAGCAGCCGAAGACAGACCUGGCCAGACAAAUGAUCAUGUACCUGCUGAAGGGCUACACUGUGCCAGAGGAGCUGGCUGUCCAGGCCCUGGAUGUCUGUCUCCUUGACAUGAAAUGCCAAACAAGAGGGUACAUCCUAGAUGGGUUCCCCCAGACCAAGAAGCAGGUUGACCUGAUGACAGAGCGCAGCAUCAUCCCUGUGCGUGUAGUCGAGCUGGAGUUGGACAGCAAGGAGGUUUUGGUGCGUGGCAUGAAAGACCGAAUGGCACCAAGCAGAACAAUACCACUGCACGACAGUUCUCAGAUCCUAGCAGUAAAGAUGGCUGCCUACAACAAGGAGAUUACUGCAGUGCGGGAAUGGUACAAGUCGGAGCACAUGAACUACAUCCAAAUUCCGGGGAAGAACUCAAAAUGGUGGAUGUGGAACAAGGGCUCAGAAAUUGCCAGUAACUCUGUCACACAGAUACAAACCUACCUGCAAAAGGUGUCAGACGGUAAAUCUGCAUCCAUCUGCGACAUGUGUAUUACGCCCAACGAGUUCCUACAGAGGAUGGGUGACUUUGGACAGUACUGUCCUGUCAGUCUCGCCCUCCGAGGGGAACUUAUCGAUUGUUCCACUAUGCCCACACUGGAAUUCGCUGCCGAGUUUAGAGGCCAUUAUUACAAGAUGGCUGGUGCUGAGGAGCUUAAACAGUUCCUGAAUGAACCAGAGAAGUUUGUCCCACCUCUGGCACCCAGAAAACUCCCAGCCAAGGACCUGCUCCCAAUCCGGCGAUUCCCUGACGAUGUGCGGGCCUCACAGGAGAUAGAGGUCAAAGGGUACUGUCCAGUUACCUUCUUAGAUGGCAAGUGCAGAUACGAAGCAAUAAUUCCCGGCAAUCCUGACCUCAUUGUGGAAUACAGAGAAAAAUUCUACUAUAUGGAAAACGAAGAAAAACUCCUUAAAUUUAUGAAAUUACCAGAGAGAUACUGGGAUCUUAAACUGCCACACAAACUUCCACCCGCCAAGGAAUCGUUGACAGUCACCAGUCUACCCAUGCUUGGCUUCAUGGAACAGACGGUUGCAUCCUCACUGAUCAAGGCAAUGACGACCGUUGGAAACUUCAAACCCAAAUACCCCUUCUUGAGCCCCAGCAGGUCUUCACUGAUCUAUGUGGCAUAUCACCUUAAAGCUUUCAACCCCAAAAGUUCAGAUUACAUAAGGAAAAAGUACAAACAGAAACUAAAGCAGUUUGAAGACACGUGUAGGCUGAUCAAGUAUUUGGGAGACAAUAUGACAGUUAGGUAUAGGGACCCCACAGAACGGCCUGGAGAUUUCGAUAUGAAAUUAGAAACAUUCUUUGCCCUCCGUGGAAUUGAACCAACAGCAACUUGGGUGGCAUGAGGCAUUUAUUUGAGCAGUUCUGU